ACAUCAUACCAGAGAAGCUCUCGCCAUUAAAACUCGCUACUUCUAGGACACGCAUUGGGCUAUAGGCUACUGGUUCAAGAGCUAUAAGAGGAAUACAGAGGAUGGAAGAGAGAGAGGCCAGUGGAGAUGUCAGCGGAGAUGCAUGAAUUGCGCAAGAAUGGAACAGUGAAGACAGAGAUGUGUAAAGUAGCUCAUAUCAGCAGGAUGGGGGGCCUUUUCAUUAGGAGGGACGUCUAACGUGGAUCGCUAAAAUAAUGAUUAUGAUCAACUUUCCUCAAUUUAAACUUUAGACCUAUGGGGACACCUAUACAUUUGACAGCCAAGCACGAGUGAUCAUUGUAGCCUUUUAUCGUCUAGACAUGGAUGUUGAAAUAUCUUCACGCCUAGAAUAAAAACCACUAGGCUUCCGUCAUAGACUCAAUUGAAUGAAAAACAUAAAGAAUUACAGGGGGGAGUUUAGACAAAUAAAUCCCGUGCAUAUCUUCCUCUGGAAUAAGGCACACGCUUGGAUAAUGAUGAUAUAACCAACGUCUCUAGUAAUACUAUAGUUGUCUCUGUCUCCCCCUUUAAACGUUCCUUGUCAAUUAAUCUGAAAAACAUUAUUUUAACAUUAUGCUAUAAUGUAGCCUAGCCCUAUUUUUUGAUGGACUACAGCCAAGAUUUGAAGAGUCCGCUCUAGCCACUUUGAACAACAGGAUCUUGCAUUGACACUGCCUUCUCACAGGGGAAUUACCGCAGCAGGUCGUUAGUGAUGAUGUUAGUACUACUCAAGAUGACGAGCAUUGUGUCCCAUAAUGCUUGGCGAGAUUGACCACCAAGAUGGCUGACGUUAUGGAUGAAUAUGAGAAAGAAGCUGGCUGUGUCCCUAUUCUUCAUCCAGAGGAACUCAAGCCCCAGAGUCACUAUAACCAUGGCUACAGUGAGAAUGUGGGGCGCAAGAGCCACGUGGAUGACUACAGUACCUGGGACAUCGUCAAAGCCACGCAGUAUGGGAUCUUUGAGCGCUGCAGAGAGCUGGUGGAGGCGGGCUAUGACGUUCAGCAGCCGGACAAAGAGAACGUCACACUCCUGCACUGGGCCUCCAUCAACAAUAGAAUAGACUUGGUCAAGUACUACAUAUCGAAGGGGGCGAUGGUGGACCAGUUGGGAGGUGACCUCAACUCCACACCACUGCAUUGGGCCACAAGACAGGGCCACCUCUCCAUGGUGGUGCAGCUGCUGAAGUAUGGGUCAGACCCCUCGCUCAUCGACGGAGAGGGCUGCAGCUGUGUCCACCUGGCCGCCCAGUUCGGACACACCUCCAUCGUGGCUUACCUCAUCGCCAAGGGCCAGGAUGUGGACAUGAUGGAUCAGAACGGCAUGACUCCCUUGAUGUGGGCAGCUUACAGGACACACAGCGUGGACCCCACCCGGCUACUGCUGACCUUCAACGUGUCGGUCAACCUGGGUGACAAGUACCACAAGAACACGGCUCUGCACUGGGCCGUGUUGGCCGGCAACACCACCGUCAUCACCCUGCUGCUGGACUCCAACUCCAACGUGGACGCACAGAACAUCAAGGGUGAGACGCCGCUGGACCUGGCCAAGCAGAGGAAAAACGUCUGGAUGGUCAACCAUUUGCAGGAGGCCCGGCAGGCCAAGGGCUACGACAGCCCUGGCUACCUGAAGAAGCUGAAGAUGGACAAGGAGUUCAGACAGAAGAUCAUGUUGGGGACCCCCUUCCUGGUGAUCUGGCUGGUGGGCUUCAUCGCUGACCUGGACAUUGACUCCUGGCUCCUCAAGGGCCUGAUGUACUGCGGCAUGUGGGUCACUGUGCAGUUCCUCUCCAAGUCUUUCUUUGACCACUCCAUGCACAGCGCCCUGCCCCUGGGAAUCUACCUGGCAACCAAGUUCUGGAUGUACGUGACCUGGUUCUACUGGUUCUGGAAUGAUCUCCCGUUCGCCACCGUCCAUCUGCCUUUCCUCCUGAACAGUGUCGGUCUGUUCUACAACUUCGGCAAGUCCUGGAAAUCAGACCCAGGGAUCAUCAAAGCCUCAGAGGAACAGAAGAAAAAGACUAUUGUUGAACUGGCGGAGACGGGCAGUCUGGAUCUCAGCAUAUUCUGCAGUACUUGUUUGAUACGGAAGCCCAUCCGGUCCAAACACUGUGCUGUGUGCAACCGCUGUAUCGCCAAGUUCGACCACCACUGCCCUUGGGUGGGCAACUGUGUCGGAAGUGGGAAUCACCGCUACUUCAUGGGCUACCUGUUCUUCCUGCUCUGCAUGAUCAGCUGGAUGAUCUACGGCUGCAUCUGCUACUGGAGGAUCCACUGCGCCACCAACUACACCAAGGAUGGUUUCUGGCUGUACCUGACGCAGAUCGCCUCCUGCUCUCCCUGGAUGUUCUGGAUGUUCCUCAACAGUGUGUUCCACUUCAUGUGGGUGGCUGUGCUAAUCAUGUGCCAGCUCUACCAGAUUGCUGGUCUGGGAAUCACCACCAAUGAGAGGAUGAACGCCAGGAGAUACAAGCACUUUAAAGUAACGGCCACGUCCAUCGAGAGCCCCUUCAAUCACGGGUGUGUACGGAACCUCAUAGACUUCUUUGAGAUUCGCUGCUGCGGCCUGAUCCGGCCCAAGGCGAUAGACUGGACCACACAGUACACAAUCGAGUACGACCAGACGUCCGGGUCGGGCUACCAGCUGGUGUAGACGAGAAGAGAGGAGAGGGGGAGUGGAGUGGCGGUGUCUAGAGGAGGAGGUUCAAUAUCGGAGCCAGGCUCGGACCUUCUUCCUCACCGAUUCAGACUGAGAAAACCAGCCAGGAACUAGCAUGCUGUUACGGGACACCACAUACACCACCAUAAGACCAACACCUACUACUACUACUACUAGUCUACAUGAAACCACCUCCAUUACUGUACCCAGCACGACCUCAGAGCCCCUCCUGGGGGGGCCUUCUCCUCUGCUGGUCCCCCCUGGUCUCUCCUGCCCAUGGACGGUGCACCGCUGCCAGGAGCGGCAGGGAGAGAGGCAGAGGGAGGAGGAGGAGGAGAAAAGAGAAUAUAUAAAGAAAAAUAAAAAAGGAAUCUUUAUAUGUUUGCUGUACUGGAGUCAUCAUGCUGCGGGGCAGGCAGUACGAUUGACGGCAGCAUCAUUUUGUUUCCCUUUUUGGUUAAUUUUUCCCUUCAAAAAAAAAAAAAAAGAAAAUACAUUUUUCACAUUCAUCUUUAUUUUAUUUUUUUCAUCUUGUUGCCCUGUAGAUUUUUUUUGGUCCGUUUCAUUUUUUUAUUGUGCUCAAAACUCUGCUGUUCCUUUUAGAACUGUGGUGGCUAGGGAGUCAGAGGAAGGAAGGCCUUUUAAGGAAGAAGUUGGUUCUUAAACAGGAUUUUGAUAACGGAUGGUUACUAUGGCAUGGUCAUGUACCAUCAUUCAAGUCUUUGUGCAAGUUACCCUAAGGAUUGCUUAGAAUUGCCAAAGUUGUUCAACUUGUCAGUAUGUCAUAAAAUGGCAUUUGCAAUCGUUGGGGGGGCGGGGUCUAUUCCCAGUGGUCACUUUCACAAGGUAUUGAAAGUGCAGGUAGGAGCGACAUCCUACUUAUAAUGUGACGCAAGCAUAUUUAUUUUAACUCUAUUUAUAGAUCAAAUGAUGUCAUAGUACCAUCUGAUUUUACAUGUCAUGUUUUUUUAUCGCUACAAAUCGUAUAUGUGUGACAUGGUGCCCUGAGACCUUUACUAGAAAAGUAGACACACAUUAAUAUAAGAGUAGUGUUGGUGAGAGAUCAACUAGAGUCGGGAAGAUGAGGCCAUUCCAUCCCAGACUGAACGGAUGUUUUUGGGAGUUGACAAGAAAGGUUAAUUCCAUGUGUAUUAUUUUUUUUGGGUGGUGGGAGUGUCCGUUUGUUUGUCUGCCUACGACAAUGCACUGAUCACCGUUUUGGGUCUCGCCGUUACUGAGGAAAUACAGGCGCACCCUCGCCGCUUCCGACAAACACUUCAAUGUUUACUGGUUGAAGGAGCUCGGGCCCAAUCAGAAAGGUGUAUAUAGUCCGAGACCCGCCCCUUCUUCUGCGUUCUCAUCUGUUAUUGGUCAUUACAUUUCCGGCAGCUCCGGGACGGACUGAAAUGUAAAGAAUGUGCAUCUGUACAUAAAUGAUCUAGUUUUCUUCGUGAGUGAUUUUAUUUUGUCAGUUGAAGCUGCUCCUAUAAGACUUUUUUGAUUUCAUCCAAUCAAAAGGAAAAGAGAACUCCCCGAUUAUAAUCCAAUUGUAUGACUGUAGCUUUUAGUGAUGUCCGACACUGCUGUCUAAAGGCAUUUUAACCCUGCAAACUCCACUGCAUGUGUGAUACUUGGACAUUGGGCUGUCGCCAUACUGUUGACUCACCCCCCCAGUGAUAGCCAUGUGUCUGUAUAUAGUGAAUGUUCAGUAUUUACAAGUACUUUCUUCGGUAUGUUCUCUUUUGUUUUUGUUUUUUAAA